UUCAUAAUUAGCCCUAAAAUAAAUAAAUAAAUAUAAAUAUAAUAUGCUAAUAAGUAGCUUCUCAAUCAAUCAUCUGCCCCCCAAAACAAAAAUCUGAGUCUUCUUAUUUUCUCUCUUCGCCUUCCUCAAGAAACCAAAGUCUGUUUUUCUCAGUUUCUCUUCUUCCUUUCACACACCAAACCCAAUGGAAUCCCCUUUUCUUCUUUCGUUUCUCUUUCAUGGUAAUUGUUAAUAAUUAUUAAUCAUUAUUUGUACACCCUCCUCUUCUCCUCCUCCUCCUCCUCUGAACCCAGAUGAUUCAAGCCAUUCGAUUCCAUUUUAGCCUACUCACAUGGGUUCAACUGAUUUCACUUAUAUUCGUGCUACGCGCCACCGCGCAAUCCGCCGUGCAGCCGGUGCCGUCGUUCGCAUCCCACCAGAACUGGGACCCUUCAAUCGCUGCCAUGGUGGGCGCCCUGUUCUGCGCCUUCCUAUUCAUGGGCUUCUUCUCCGUCUACCUCCGCCGUUGCUCUGACGAGGAAGCCGCCACCGUCCCAACGGGAGACUGGUCGUGCUCGUGCUCGGAGGGCAUUGAACGGAAAGUCCUGGACACGCUCCCCAUCCUUGUCUAUUCCACCAUUAAAGACCUCAAAAUGGGUAAAGGAGCACUUGAAUGUGCGGUGUGCUUGAACGAGUUCAAAGAUUACGAAACUCUCCGGUUACUUCCCAAAUGCAACCACGUUUUCCAUCCUUCUUGUAUCGAAGCCUGGCUCUCUUCUCACGUGACUUGUCCUGUUUGUCGGGAAAAGGUGAAUCCAGAUUACGAUCAGGUGGCCAUAACGGUUCCGCCGCAAUUGAACGUUAUCGAGAGCAAUGAUAAUCGCAGAGACGAACAUGAGGAAGAUGAAAAAGAUGAGGGUCCUGAAGGAAAAAGUGGUGCAAACAGCGGCGAGGUUGGGGACGUCGCGGUGGCCGUUGGAGGAGAUCGAUUGAGGUCGGGGAGGGUGAAGGAGUUGAGGAGGUCGAAUUCAACGGGACAUUGUGAGGUGGAGAGUUUUACGUUGAGGUUGCCGGAAGAUGUUCGGAAGUAUAUUCUGUUGAACCAUCAUGGGUCGAUGCGGCGGUCGGCGAGUUACAACGUGGGAGGGAGUCCGAGGAAAGGUUUGUGUCGGAAUGAGACGCAGGUUAUGAAGAAGGAUAAGGAGGAUCUUAUUCAUUCUCCGCCAUUAGUUCCAUGAAAGUCUCUGGAACGAAGCAAGAAUUGAAGGAAACAAACAGAUAUGGCUUAUUAGGAUUUGAUCCAUUACAUUUUAAUUUCAGCAGACACAAGUGUGGAAGAUAUUACAAAUUUUUCAUCAGCUUCAUGUGGGAUGGACUCCGAGUCAACUCGGUCUUCUUUUUGGCGACAUACAGCGUUGGCGUGCAAUGGCAGAGAACACUAUAGCCCUGUGACCGAGUCCACUCGGUUUUCUUUUCUUUUCUUUUCUCCCCCCCCCCUCCCCCUUUACUAAUAAUCUAACUUCCUGGGAGGGUGAAAAUUUCAUCGGCUUGAUGCAUAUGGACUAUAUAUAGCAGGGUAGUAUUUUCACAAUACUAAUGACAAUAUAUAUUUUUCCCCAAAUUUAUAAGUUACAACCAUGUUCAUGUCUAUGGCUGCCAAGUGCCAUCUGAUCUGUCAAACAACCACAGUAUGGCAUUAGAAUAAGAUUACAGGACGUAAAUAUUUUUCAA